CUCUGCCAAGUUCUCUCGCGGUAUUUGGGCAAUGGAAGUGUCAAGAGUGUCAACAACGGCCAAGCAGCAGCACAGCAGCGCUGUCCGGAGCAGGGAGGGGGGGAUUGAAGAGGCAGUUUAAACGUGGGAACAUUUGUCUGAGAUGGCGGAUGACCGACCCUUCGUAUGCACUGCCCCUGGAUGUGGGCAGAGAUUCACAAAUGAAGACCAUCUGUCAGUCCACAAACACAAGCAUGAAAUGACAUUAAAAUUUGGUCCUGCCAGGACAGACUCUGUUAUCAUUGCAGACCAGACCCCCACCCCCACACGUUUUCUGAAGAACUGUGAGGAGGUUGGUCUCUUCAAUGAGCUGGCCACCUCCUUUGAACAAGAGUUUUGCAAAGCACAGGAAGAUGAGCAGAGGACAAAAAACCCGGCUGCACCUCUACAAACACCAUCUGAAGUAAAAGAUGAGGACGAAGGUCCUUUACAAGUUGACUCUUCUCCUCCUGGAACUCCUGAUUCCUCAUCCAGCAUGUCAGAAAACAGCGGAGACUCACGGGUGAGUGACAAGGAGAUCCACACAAAGCCCGUAGUGAGCUCUGCUCCCACUCCAACUAUUGUACGUCCGGGUUCUCUUCCCCUUCACCUGAGUAAUGACCAACUACACCCCACGCUGCCAUCUCCAACUUCUGUCAUCACACAAGCGCCGCCCUCCAACAGACAGCUUGGUUCGCCCACAGGUUCAUAUCCACUGGUGAGGCACCUCCCGAAUGGACAGACAGUUCCUCUCCUGCCCAGUCCUGUGCAGAUGACCUCAGUUAUAUCUCUUGCGAGGCCAGUGAACACAGUGCCUAACAUCCCUGGGAUUCCAGGACCGCCUGUUGGAGGGGCUAGCAGUGGUUCAUCCUCCCCAUCUGGGUAUAGUCUUCACUCUGAGACAAAGAUGCGUUUGAAGGCAGCUCUAACUCAUCAGGGCCCAGGAGCACAAGAUGGCGCCAGUGGGGGGUCAGGAUCCAUCCCUGCUGUUCCCCAGCGACAGGAACAGAGCCAGCAGCCCACUCAAAACUCUGAUGCGCCAUCACCUGCCCAACCACAGGUGUCCCCUGCUCAGCCAACAGGGGGCAGGCGGCGGCGAGCAGCAGAGAUGGACCCUGACGAGAGGAGGCAGCGUUUUCUGGAAAGGAAUCGGGCGGCUGCUUCCCGCUGCAGGCAAAAGCGAAAGCUGUGGGUUAACUCUCUGGAGAAAAAGGCAGAAGAUCUGGCCAACAUGAAUGUCUCCCUCACGAAUGAAGUAACCCACCUGAGGAAUGAGGUGGCACAGCUGAAGCAGCUUCUCCUGGCUCACAAGGACUGCCCUGUCACUAUUAUGCAGAAGAAGGCAGCUUUAUUAGCUGCAGGAGGAGAGGAAACCUCCAGGGAUACUUCCACUGAGCCCAUCAGCUCCCCAGCGGCAGUUAUUCAACACGCGCCGUCACCCUCGGCAACAAGUCCAGGGGCCACCAUCAACGGGUUGAGCGUCCGCGCUGCGGAGGCGGUGGCCAUGUCGGUCUUGGCCGGCAUGGGCUCGGGCCAGCCUGGCGGGGUUGUCAUGGCAACGCAGCCACAAUCAGCCCCGAGAUGAUGUGCAGACACUGAUAGCCAGAACGAACUCGAGUGGCAUUCGGAGGUCGGACUCGUGCAAAGAUUUCUGAAAAGAGGGAGCUGCCCUUAAAUCCUCCAUCCCGAUCUAAGAUCCCCCGCACCCACACGCAGCUGACGAUAAUCACACAAAGAGAUGGCACAGUGCCUCCGUCAGCCCGCCACUCCCAGCAGUCUCCCUUUUCACUGAAGCUUUGUCACUCUCUGUAUGUAAAUAUGAAUCACACGACAAACACUCACUCUGCAGGGUUUGGGGUAAGUUCUUGUUCAGUUAUGACACUUGGAAAAGGUUUUAACGUUUGGGAAAGAAAAAUAUGAAUGGAAAGUCUUCACAUCAAAAUCACCAGUUAUUUUAAUUUCCCUUCACAAAGGCAAUUCAGGUCACCUUCUUCCCACACACUGGCUGUGAUGAGUUUUGUUUAGUUUUUUUUUUUUUGGCUUUCCCAGGCUGGCAAAUUUUCUGUAAGAUAUUUUGUAUUUUUCAUGCGUAAGGAAAUAUUUUUAUGCCUGAUACAUGUUGUUGACAUAAUGUUUUGCUAAUGCAGUGAAAGACUGGGGAGAGAUUGGCUAGCUGAAUGCAGUACACGGUAGCUUGGAAAGUGUCUUUUACUUUCUUGUUUUAGCUUUUUUCACCCUGGUCAUUUGUUUUUUUUUUGUUCUCAUUUGAGUUCUUACACUUGUUGCUUUAGUCAGCUGAGUUCUUAGCAAACCAACUUGUAGAUGUGUACACUGUUUACCCCGUGAUUGUGUGCCUGACUAUUUUUUUUUUUUGUGUGUGUGUGUGUGUGUAAACCAUGUAUUUCAACCCAUUUAGAAUGGAUGACAUGUUAGUCCUGUGUAUCAAACCCUAUUGACUGCAUGGAUUAUUUAAGGCUAAAGAUUACCACUGUUUAUGAUUAAUCCUAUUUACUGUUUUCCUCAGUUUUUCUUCUGUUCUGUAACAUUAUCGAUGCAAAAAUUGUCCUUGUUGUGUAAGGAUUCCAUCCUCGGUCCUAAUGUAACACACUUGAAAAGGUUCAUCUCUCUGACGGCCUUUAAAUGAUAAUCAAACAUAGAUUUUUAAACUCCACACCCACGCAUUUCUGUUCAGGAAAGACUAGUGCAAUAUAUUUUUCUAUUGAACAUGGAUGUUCUUGCGUUUGGCUGACACGUGUAGCCCAGCUGCU